UGGCAUUCAGCUCUUCAAAUACUCCUUAAAUUUCAUGUCUGAUAAUGGCAGGGCGGCUGUGACUCCUAGAUAACUGUGUUGGUAUGGUUAAAAGCACUGUAUGAAUGUGUGUGUGUUAUUCUGUGAAUAACAACUGUAGUAAGAAAGUGCCUUGAGACCUCAAACUGAGUAGAAAAGCGCUACCCAAGUACCAGUGAAGUAUCAUGAGUCUGCCUUUGUUUUGUGUUUCUCUGCAGGACAACUUGCUGUUUGCCUCGAUCAUCUCGGCUGUGGACCCCGUGGCUGCUCUCAAUGUGUUUGAAGACACUGGAGUCAACGAGCAGAUUUACAUAGUCAUAUUUGGAGAGGGCCUCUUCAAUGAUGCCGUCACUGUGGUUCUUUACAGCAUGUUUGCCUUUCUAGCAGACAUGCCAAACAUUGAUUCUGUUGAUGUGUUUCUUGGAGUUGCCCGGUUCUUCGUGGUGGGGAUGGGCGGCGUCUUUUCUGGCCUUCUGUUUGGAUUUGUGGCUGCAUUCGUCACACGUUUCACCCACAAUGUCCGUGAGAUCGAGCCCCUCUUUGUCUUCAUGUUCAGCUACCUUUCGUAUGAACUGUUUGCCUUAUCCAGCAUCAUGGCCAUUGUUGUAUGUGCUAUAACCACGAAGUACUACGUGGAGGAGAAUGUAUCCCAGACGUCCUGCACCACCAUUCGCUACGUUGUCAAGAUGCUGUCCACCGUCUCUGAAACCCUCAUCUUCUUCUUUCUCGGCGUGGUUAUAGUCACAACCGAGCACGAGUGGAGCUGGGCCUACAUCCUGCUUACGCUGCUGUUCGCCUUCGUCUGGAGAGGCAUCGGCAUAUUGCUUCUGACUCAGAUUGUCAACCCGUUACGUACAAUCCAGUUUGGCCUGGCCUACGGAGGCCUGCGAGGGGCCAUCUGCUUCGCUCUGUCCUUCACGCUACCGGACACCUUCAACAGAAGGAAGCUAUUUGUCACAGCUUCGAUCGCCAUUAUUAUAUUCACCGUCUUCAUUCAGCGACGAGAUGAAGGAGACGUCUCGACCCAAGAAAAAGUUCCUGACUGCCGACGUGAGGAAAAUGCACGACCUCCUGCCAAAGAACAUGUACAAGAUUUAAGCUGUUCUCUGACAAUGGCUUACACCAACAAAUACACUCUACCCUACCACAGCGAAACCAGGGAGAUUCUGAUCCGCCGCCAUGCAAGCAUCAGGCGCAGCCUUCGUGCCGAAAGUUUCCAUGAACUGUCAGGGCACAAUGUGUCUAAAUCUCAGAAGUACUUCUCGCUCCAACCUGGAGCAAGUCUGGAGUCGGUUUUGAACUCAGACGACGAAGUCGCAUCCGGUGCAUUUCUCCACUCCUCCUCCUGCUCUCUAGUCACUGCGAAGAAGCUGAACACCAUUAAAGAGCUGGGGAGUCCAGGGGAGUCGCCGGCUGUCUCUGCCAACUCACUCGCAGAAUACCCCAGCGUCACCAUUUUGGAUGAGAGAGCCAGCCGCAGAGCCAAGAAAGCUCCGGUUCCUGUGCCCAGGAGACGUAGCUCAAAACCAGAAGAAGAAGAGAACGUCGACUCUGAACAUCUGGGAAGAGGAAGAGGAGGCGAGGAACCCGUGCGUCCUCCUCCACUGUCACCUCCUGGGUGCCUGAGAGUAGAGAGCAGGGAGAAAAUGAGGCAGGAAACCCACUGUAACUACUUACUCAAAGUAACUAGUUACUAG